AUGUCCUCAUCUUUAACCAUUUCCGUUAUUUUAGGUGUAUUAUGGGCUACCAUCCUUCUUUCCUUUGCUACAACCAUGUUGGCAGCAGAUCAAUCAUCAUAUGAGUCCGAAGCUAAAGUGUUGAUAAAGAGUGGUUGGUGGAGUAGCUAUAGCAAUGAUACUCCACAACAUUGCAAGUGGGCUGGAAUAUCAUGUAACAGUGCUGGAAGCAUCACCAAAAUUAACAUUUCUGAUGUGCCCAAUAUUGAGGUUGGAGAUAGAUUUGGGAAAUUGAAUUUCUCUUCAUUUCCAAAUCUUGUCCUUCUUGAUCUUAGUGAUCGUCCACUUGAUGGAAAUAUCCCGCAUCAGAUAGGUGAUCUAUCCGCAUUGAAGUACCUUAACUUGUCCAAUUGUGGUUUAUCCGGUGAGUUACCUCCUUCUCUAGGAAACCUAAGCCGAUUAGAGUACCUUGACAUUUCCUAUAAUUAUAAUAUUAACGGUUCCAUCCCUCCACAACUAGGAAAUCUAGUGAACCUUGUCAGUUUAAACUUGAGUGCCAACAGUCUUACUGGGAAGAUUCCUUCAGAAUUAGGAUUUUUAUCAAAUUUGGUUUAUUUGGAUCUUUAUAGCAACAAGCUUUUUGGUCCAAUACCAUUUACUCUGUACCAGUUGACGGAUUUGCAACAUCUGUACAUUGAUGAUAACUACCUUGAAGGAUCAAUCUCUAAAAGUAUCGAAAAUUUCAAGAAAAUAAGCUUUUUAAGCAUCUCUAAUAAUAGAUUUACUGGUCAUAUUCCUCUAGCUUUGUGUCGUUUGCCCACUUUGGAAGAAAUCUAUCUUGACCAAAAUCAAAUAAGUGGUUUAGUCCCUUCUUGCAUUGGUAGUUUAUCAAAUUUAACUUCAUUAGAGCUCCACCAAAAUAAAUUGAAUGGUUCAAUCCCUUCUUGUCUUGGUAGUUUAUCAAAGAUGCAGUACUUGAGCCUUAGUUUUAAUCUAUUCAAAGGUCCUAUUCCCCAAGGACUUUGUAAUUUAGCAAAUUUAACUUUAUUAGACCUCUCCCAAAACAAUUUAAAUGGUCCAAUCCCUUCUUGUAUUGGUAGUUUAUCAAAAAUGCAGUACUUAGGCUUUGGUUCUAAUCUAUUAAAAGCUGCGGAUCUUGAGCCUUGUGAUGCAAUCCCAUCUUGUAUUGACAAUUUAUCCAAUUUGUAUAACUUAGAACUUGAUUCAAAUCUAUUAAAAGGUCCUAGCCCUGAAGAAAUUGGUAGGCUUUUUCCCCUAUCAAAUUUAAACCUCAGCUUCAACCAACUCUCAGGUAGUGUCCCUAUCUUGUCUGCCACUAAACUUCGCAUUAUCGAUGCUGGAAAUAACUGUAACAAGAUUUCUUCCAAUCCAUUUUAA